CUCCAUGAUGGUCUGCUAAUGUUUAUUUCUGGCAACCGAGGUGGCAAGGUGAAACUCAGUCUGCCAGUGGCGUCCGUGGUGAGGGGAGGUGUUUUGCGCCGCUCUCUGUGGUCCAUUCCCCCACCCAGCACAAACAUGGUGAUCAAAGUGUACCUGUCCCUGAUAUCAUGCAGUCAGGAGGUGAAGAAGAACCAGCAGCGAGCGGUGAUGAUUCUGGAGAGCAAGAACAUUCCCUUCACCACCAUCGACAUCACAGACCCUGGCCAGGAGGACUCCAAGGAAUACAUGAAUGAGAACGCCAAGCCCAAGGGGAGCAACAAAGUGCCCGUCACCCCACAGAUCUUCAACGAGGCGGAGUACUGCGGGGACUUUGACGAUUUGGACAUGGCGAAUGAAAACGACGAAUUGGGCGAGUUCCUGAGACUGACGGAUGAGGAGAAGAAGAGAAUCAAGAUUGGCAUCACUGGCAUCCUUCCUGAGGACCGCGCCAAGCAGCAGAUGACCAAUGGGGUGACGGCUGCAGGAAGGGAGAACGAGGAGCAGAACACAGUGACCGGGGACCAUGACGGGGAGGCAGAUGCCAUGCCAGAGGCAGCACAUGAUGCCGAGGGAGGGAGUGCAGUGGUGGAUGAUAUAGAGGAGGCUGCGGAAGGAGGGGUUAGGGAGGAGGCAGGAGAAAUGGUGUGGCCGGAGGAGGAGCAGGAUCCCUUUGCUGCACCGAAGGAAGAAAACCUGACUGAAACACACAUAGAGGAUGAGGCUGAAGCAUAAGGGUGGAAUGGGCCAAGGGGGACCAGCAACCAGCCAGCAGGGACACUCCAGAGGGGCUGACAUGAGGCUGGGGGCUGCCUGUUCUGUCACCUCCACCUUCACCCUGCCCCCCAGCGCCUCCCUUGCCAUGCUGGUCUUCACCUCUACCAUAACUCUUGGCAUCACCACGGAGUCCUUUUUUUUGCGUCACCUUAGGAGGGGUGGUGGUGGUGGUAGUGGUGGUGGUGCAAGUCCUCUUUUUGAUUUCUGAGGUUUUCUGUUUUGUUUUGCUUAUUAUUUGGUUGUUUUUCUCUUAUCUAAGUCUUUUAUAAGCAAUAUAAUGUGAUUUCUUCUGAUUUUUUAUAUAUUCUCUUUGGUUUGCUUAUUAUUUGGUUGUUGUUCUCUUACCUAGAUCUUUUAUAAGCAAUACAAUGUGAUUUUUUUUUUUGUUUUGUUUUUGCUUAUUAUUUGGUUCCAUUUUUCUCUUAUCUAGUUCUCUUAUAAGCAAAACAAUGUACUUUUGUUUUAUAUAGCAGUUUUUGUUUCUCUUACUUUGUUCAGUACAGAAGCAUUACCAUUAUGAUGUUUUCCUUCUCGUAUUUUACUCACCAGUUAUAAUCAAUGCUUUUUUUAUUAUUCUGUUUCUUGUUUAGCUUAUUUGGUUCAUUUAGAAGUAGUACACUUUUUUUAUUUUAUUUUUUUUUUUAUAUCUUCCAUCAGUUAUGUUUGAAGGAAUGCUAAGGAACACUUGUUAAAGGUCCACAUUGUUUUGUUUCCAAGUGUUGAGAGGUCACAGAGAAAAGGUCACUAUAAACAAGAGAUUAACUGGUCACAAGUGUGGAUACAAACAUUCUACAGCAGCAAAGGAUGUCAAAGAGAGAACUUAACCACCAUGCCACCAGAAAGUGCUGUGCCUUGCUGGAACACCCUUGCUUUGUAAAUCAAGUCAAGCCAUUGCAAGAUUCAGUAUGGCAAUAAUUCCUCUCAUCAAAAAAACUAUUGGCUUCCUUAAGGAUUCACAACUUGGCACAGGCCCACACCCUGCCUCAUACUGUCUUCACUGGCUGACCCAAUCCCCACCACCCCCUUCUCCCCCUCACACAAUUGGCCUUAUCAUCACUUUCAUCCCAGAACAGAAGCACAAGACUGAAAUUCACCUUUCCUUGUAUCUCCUCUUAUCGUCACUUAACGUACAUCACUCCUUUGUAUCCUCCAAAGAGUUCCAAGGAGUGAGAAUGAUUUACCAGUGCUUCUAUUUGUAAAAUGUGCUCUCUGUCAGUAUUACAAGUAUUACAACUGAUACCAUCACCACCACUAUCGCCAGUAAGCUGCCUCUGCCUUGCUCCACGGCCUUGAGUUAUCAGGUGGCUGGGCACUCACCUAGUCCAGGCAAUAGUUAGCUAGAUAUCCUGUGAUGAUGCCAUUCCUAAGGUACAUGCCCAGUCUUAGCAUAGCAAGCCUCAGUGAGCAGCACCACCAAGGCUCCUCCACACAUGCCCUCUCCACCCAACACUUUCUGCAGUCGAAUACCAUCCUUGCUGCCUUGGAUGAAAGCUUGAGUGUCACAAGUGCCUACAGAACACAGCCUUUAUACUGCCUUGGAUGGAUGGUGCUCUGCUGUGGAAAGUUGAGUGUCUUGAUGGGAGAGGGUCAUGGAGUAGUGGGUUUGUUUGCUGGUCUGAUAAGUUCACGUUCUGCAAGGAAGUGGAUUGUUUUGUACUUCAGGGCUACCUGCUGAGAACCGGCCGGGGACGUGAUGCAGAUGUCAGUUCAAUGUUUAGUUCCUCAAGGCCACAUCUGACUCAAAACAAACUCUCACCAAGAAGCUUUCAUUGCGCUGUGGGUGGAAAGCAACGCCCACCGUUCAUGGGGAUUAUACGCUAAUAUUUACUCAGUAUUAAGGCUUUAUCGAGUUACUGCUUAUCUUGAGGCUACAAGAAACAAGAAAAAGGAAAACACUUUCAAGCACAAGAGGAACUUCAUGCGUUUGAUUAAAAAAUCUGAUUAUUUUUUUCUCGCCCGCCAAUUCUCGAGUUGAGGAAUGAGCGGUGUAGGAACCACAAUUCAUUGAGAGGGACUUUGUUAUUGUUCUUUUCUGUUGCCUUGGUCCUCACUGCCACCUGGAGGUGCCUCUUUGUUGGCAGUGAAGGCAGGGCAUUGUUGUGUGCGAGUGGUACAGGUGUUGUGUGUGUGGCUGCCUCAGCUACCUGUUUGGGAGCUCAGGUGUCCACUGUCCUCUGUGACAAGUGAUUGUACCUGUUGUACUUUAUAAAUAAACAUGAAAAUUGA